CUCGAUAGCAUUGAAGGGUAGGUAGUGAUGAAUAUAACUUGUUUUUUUUAUGCCUAUGAACUCGAACUAUUUCCUUCUCACGAAUGGUACUCCGUAGAUUGAUGAAUAUCAAGUGAGCGCGGAAAGCCGAUGUGGAGCACUGAAACUGAGAGGAAAAGGUCGAGACCCGCUCAGCCUUUUUUUACACCACCUUCGUCUCAGCGAGUGUAAACUCACUUUCAGGUCUGUCGAUAAAACAGCCCUAAAGAAGAAUACGGGGAAGACUUUCAACAAAGAGUAUAUAAGAUGCACGACCUCGAGACUCUCAAGAGCGGCGGCUACAGGGGCGCCGGGCUCACCCGGCUUAGGCUGGCAUGUCCUCUACCUGCGUUCCCAGAAGAAAUACUCGAGCUCGGAGAUACGCUCGAGCAGCUGGAUCUCUCAGGGACCGGCCUCUCAUCGCUCCCGGCAAAUUUGGGUUCGGCUCUCCCAAACCUGAAGACCGCCCUAUUCUCUAACUGCACAUUCAAGGUAUUUCCUAGAGAACUAGCGUCGUGUGCCAACCUCGAGACCGUUGCUUUCCGCAAUAACGGGAUGGAAGAAAUCCCCGAAGAUGCCUUCCCGCCACGUCUACGCUGUCUCAUCCUCACAGGCAACCGUCUCCCUUCCGUCCCGUCUAGUAUCGGCCGCUGCGAUAGCCUGGAGCAGUGCAUUCUCACUGGCAACGAGCUACGGGACCUGCCCGCCGAGAUGGCCAACUGUAAAAGGCUAAGCACCCUUCGUCUCAGCUCCAACAGGCUUUCGAGCCUCCCUUCCUGGCUCUACACGCUCCCCGAGCUAGCAUUUCUGUCCUUUGCUAGCAACCCCUGCGCAUCGCCAACCACAAACGGGAUCCAUGCCCCGCGCGGGGUGGCAAGCAUCUCCUGGGCAGAGCUCGAGGUUCAGCAGCCCCUCGGCGCCAACACCUCUCGGGGGCUUUGGCACCAGUCACCGCACUUUGCCGAGGACGUGGCCAUCAAGCUCUUCCGCGACCCGCCCGCCAGCCACAGCACCGACGCGGGCGACGACGGCUCGGCCGCAGACGAGAUGUCCGCCUGCCUCGCCGCGGGAGCCCACGAGAGCCUGGUAACGAUCCUGGGACAAAUUCACGGCCACCCAGACGAAGAUGUCGCCGGCGCUGCCCGAGGAGAGGAGACGGAGACGGAGACGGAGGAAAGAGGCGCUCUACAAGGCGGCAUCGUAACGCAGCUCCUCUUCGACUCUUACGUCCCGCUGAGCACCCUCACUACCACCACUACCACCACCACCACCACCACCACUACUACUACUACUCCUCCUACUACUACUACUGACGACGAUGUCGCCGCCGCCGUACCACUAAACGCCAAAACGGCUCUCCAGAUGCUAGUUGGCCUGGCCAGCUGUCUCUCGCACCUGCACGCGCGGGGCAUCGCGCACGGCUCGCUGCGGCCGGAGAACGUGCUCGCCAGCGCGGCGGACGCGCACGCGCUGCUCACGCACUUCCGGGCGGCGACGCUCUACGGACGGGGCGGCGGACGUGGCAGCUCCGCGGGCCCGGCGCCCGUUCCCGCCCACGCCCACGCCCACGCCCAAGCGCGGGAACAGGAGCAGGAGCAGGAGCAGGAGCAGGAGCGGUCGGAUGACCUGUUGGAGAAGGUAGAGGUCCUCGCGUUCGGGCGGCUGGUGGACUUUGUCCUCGGGCUUGUUCAACCGGCGGGCGGCGGCGGUGACGACGACAAGGAGGGGCAGGCGGAGGCGGAGAAGGGCCUGAAAGAGCUCCGGGAUCGGUGCGUGGCGGCCGGGACUCGGGAAAGGCCCGGGUUUGAAGAGGUGGUCGAGGUACUGGAGGGAUUGAUGGGCUGGAGGGGCAUGAUGCGCAUUCCGGAUGUCGGACCUGUCUAAGGGAGGUGUUGGAGGGCGGCAGUGGUGAUGGUGAGAGACACAGCGGGCGCGGGAAGGGGGAGACGAGGUGUGGCUGAAGCUGCCUCUGUUUUACUGACUCCUGAUGACAGAGGGGAGGAGAACGGGAGAUUGGAGCAACAAUUCGGUGCCCCUUGGUUGUUGGUGGGGACUGCAAUUGGUGUGACCACUCUCCCCUAAUUUGAG